GACGUCUUCGCCUACAUCUCGUGCCUGAUUGUCUACAAUUUCUCUUAUCCACUACUGUCCCUCUGUCUAGCCGCCUUCUACACAACCUGGGCAUCAUUACCAGGCUCUUUUGCUUCCCUCAAUCUACCCUCCCACGCAAAAUUCCUCUCCACCACCACAUUCACGUCUCCCCCUCACGCCGAGGAAGAAAAAUGCAUGGUAUGCUGGGAAGAAGAAACACCCUUGGCUUCACUCCCCUGCGGCCACACAAUCUGUAGAUCCUGCCUCGUGGCCAUGGGCCAAGCCCUCCAAACCGCUUGUCCAUUAUGC